AUGCCCGAACAACUUACCUGGCUGGUUACCGGUUGCUCAUCGGGGCUGGGAGAGGCCCUUAUUCGAGCAAUCCUUGCUAGACGCGAUCGAGCUAUUGCAACAGCGCGUCCAGGCAAUGCAGUUUCCGGUGUGGAUCGUAUUGCUUCACUCAAAGAAGCCGGCGCUGCAGUUCUCGAACUUGAUCUGGGGGCUACGCAGGUAGAGCUUGUUGAAAAGGCACAGGAGGCCUGGCAAAUGUACGGCCAUGUGGACGUCCUUGUCCAUAAUGCGGGUUACAUCGAAGCAGGAGUAUUUGAGGAGCUCGACGAACAAAUGCUUACUGGCAGUCUGCGUGUUAAUGUUUUGGGCCCGCUCAAUCUUACAAGCGCAUUUCUACCUCUCAUGCGCGCCCGAAAAACUGGUACUCUUCUUUUUGCCAGCUCGGUAGAAGUCUACUACGAUGCCCCGGGUGCAAGCUACUAUAGCGGGGCGAAGGGGAUGAUGGAUGAAUUGGUUCCAAACCUGGCGUUGGAGGUUGCUUCAUUCGGUAUUCGGACUUGUCUCUCGGUCUUUGGAUAUGUCCGCACGGCGGUCAUGGCCCCGGGUAACAUGCGAUAUGACGUCCCCAACCGGUUGCCGGAAUACGAGGAGCUGAACAAGCUCGUGAAGGAUGGUUGCAAUGCGGGGAAUGGUAAUCAGCCAGGUGAUCCAAUCAAGGCCUGCGAACUCGUCAUCGAGGCAGUGAGAGGCGAGGGUCGGUGCGUAAAAAGAAAAAAGCUGCCGCUGCGAUUGCCAAUUGGUCUGGGUGCUUUGAGAGAUAUCAGGGUCAACUGCGAGGAGAAAAUGGCGGUCUGCGAUGGAUGGAAUGGCAUAUCUUCACAGACGGAUUUUUAA